AUGAUCACAGGCAAAGAUAUAUACUACGUUGUGUCAGCUCUUGUGCCCCUAUAUUCACCAAUGAUUUUAGCCUAUUGUUCAGUGAAGUGGUGGAAGAUCUUCACACCAGAACAAUGCGCUGGCAUAAACCGCUUUGUGGCAGUGUUCGCAGUCCCUUUCCUUUCAUUCCGUUUCAUAUCGUCCAAUGACCCUCUCACUAUGAACCUCCCAUUCAUAGCCGCAGACACUCUACAAAAAGUUGUGAUUUUGUGUGCACUUUUACUAUGGAACGCCUUCACAAAGAGUGGUAGCAUUGAUUGGACCCUCACUCUCUUCUCACUUUCCACUAUCCCAAACACACUCGUUGUUGGGGUCCCACUUUUAUCAUCUAUGUAUGGUGGCUCAGUAGCUAGCCUCAUGGGUCAAAUUGUGGUUUUACAGUGCGUGGUUUGGCUCCCUGUGAUUAUCUUUUUGUAUGAAUAUAGAGGCGCUAAGCAACUCAUUUCAGAGAAGUUCCCUGAGACUGCAGGGUCUAUAACCUCAUUCAAGGUUGACUCUGAUGUUUCAUCUUUUAAUGGCAAGGAACCGUUACAAGCUGAUGUGGAAGUGAAAGAAAAUGGAGAGCUUCAUGUGGUUGUCAGGAGUGCUUCUUCCAACAAUUAUUUUUCAAAUACUGUUACUGGGCUUCAGUCAUGCAGAGAACCAAUGCAAAUAUGUUCGUGUUUUGAAACAUUAGGUAAUCUCCAAAAUGAUGAAACUUUUCAAGUGGAGAUCAUGUCCAAGAUGAAUAAGGAAAAGUUUUGCAGGAGCAAGAGCUGUAAUGAUAUUACUAUUGGAGUUCAACAUGAAUUGAUUUACACGAGUCCUGGUCUUAAAGCAAUCGGAGACAAGGAGGUUGGGAUUGUAGAAGGAAUCCAACAAUAUUAUUUAAGCGAGGGGAUGAAGGGGGUGAUGAACAUUGAAGAAAUUGAUGCAAACAAAAAGCAACAAAUGCCUCCAACUAUUGUCAUGACAAAGCUCAUUCUCACCACCGUUUGCAGGAAUCUCAUGACAAAUCCUAAUACCUAUGCCAGUGUUUUGGGCCUCGCAUGGUCUUUCAUAACAUUUAGGUGGAACAUCGAAAUGCCAUCCGUUAUAAAUGGCUCCAUUACAGUACUGUCAAAUACCGGGCUGGGAAUGGCUAUGUUUAGUUUGGGUCUAUUCAUGGCAUUACAACCGAAGAUCAUAGCUUGUGGAAAAUCAUUGGCAGCACUAGCUAUGGUAGCUAGGUUCUUGGUUGGUCCAGCAGUGAUGGCUGCAACCUCCAUACUCAUUGGUAUCCGAGGAGUUCUUUUACAUGUUUCAAUUGUUCAGGCUGCUCUUCCCCAAGCUAUUGCAACCUUUGUAUUUGCCAAAGAAUACAAUGUCCACGCAGAUAUACUAAGCACUUCGGUUGUCUUCGGAACGGUGAUUUCAUUGUUUGCAACAAUAAUCUAUUACGUGCUUCUUGAACUUUAA